UUCGACUGUAGGCCAAUCUGCUAGCGAUUCCGGCGACUCGCACGUUAUACAGAUGCCUCAGGUGGCCAAUGUGCUGACAAAGGAACUAGAGGCCCUUGAAUUAUCCAAGGCGCAGAUCGGAGACGGGGGGCGCCCUCCGUGUCCCAUCAUCAUCGCCAAGGUCGGCGACCUCACACGCAACGUCGACAGCAGCGAGUACGACCCUAACCACGUCGCCAUCGGCCCGUACAACUACCCUCGGCCACAGAGCAAGAACCUGCAUCUUGCCAUGGAGAACGACAAGCUCGCGAGCCUCCAACUGAUGCUCUCGGCGGCGAAGGUGGAGAGACCCGGCGUGACGGUGGACAUCUACAUCAAUGAGCUCACAUGCCUCGAGAAGUCUGUGAGGAAAUGUUACGCGAACACGUUUGACAUGACAGGCGAGCAGUUUGUGCGCAUGCUCCUCCUCGACGGCUGCUACAUAAUCUCCCGCCUAGUCGGCCUCCCACACCGAGCACGCACACAAUCCGCAGGCGUUGCACCGGGGACUGCAGAAGCCGGCGUCCCGUCGGCAAACCGGGCCGAGGCACUGGCGGUGGUCCGGGAUGUUUUCUUCCUUGCAGAGAACCAGAUACCGUUCUUCGUGCUCGAGAAGAUAUGGGAGGUGACAACUACGGAUGGAAAGGAUCGUGUGAUUAAUGAAAUUGCGGAGUACGCCCUCAUUCUCAUGAGUGUGCAGAAGUACAUAGUGGGAUCGCCGGCUAUGGUGGUGCCGGAGCUGAUGGUGCCGGGCAAUCUUCUCCAUCUUCUUCAUAUGCACUUGAAGCCUCCUACACCCCCCGUCUCGCCUACUGCAAUAGUCAACGGAGUCAAUCCCGUGUCUGUGCGCCGAUGGUGGUCGGCGACGGAGUAUAGCUUCGCAGGUGUGACGUUCAAGCAUCGGUCCAUGAGCGAGCCGGGGCUCCUACGUUGCAUUCUUGACGUGGAGCUGGUCGGCGGCGGCACUCUGGAGGUCCCCGUCCUGGACAUCGACGGCGAGACGUGGCGACUAUUGCGCAACCUGAUCGAGCUUGAGCAGCGGAACCGGGAGACGGUGGGGAGCCACGUCACUGCAUACUGCGUGUUCAUGUCACAGGUGGCCUGCACCACAAAGGACGUGGAGUUGCUUUGGAAGAAGGGCAUCAUCGUGCACAGCCACGGCAACAAUGACGAGGUGGCCAAAUGCUUUGCCGACCUCUGCAAGGGGAUCCAGUUUAACCCUAACGACCCUGACUGCAACUACCUGCCGGAGACAUGCUCGAAGCUGGAGAAGCGGUCUCAGAGUUACUGGCGGAGGUGGAUGGCGUGGCUGAGGCGGAAGUACUUCAGCAACCCCUGGCUCGCCGUCGGGCUCCUUGCAGCUUCCAUUGGCCUUUGCACUGUCGUCCAGGCAGUGUACUCAGCUUUGAGUUACAAACAUGGAGGAAAUUAGGAUAAACUAUUACUACGUGCUGUCAUGAUUCAACUUAGGUUCAAAAAAUAAGAUUCAUGGGCACUGGCACCCACGACAUAUUUCUUUACAAGGAGCCAGCUCUGACCGCAGAGUGUGCCACUGCACACCCUUGCCACUAGGAUAAUGCCUAGUUCUCGUGAGUAAUAGGUUCAGUAGCGGCUGUCUUUAGGGAUGUGGA